GGAAAGGAAAGGGGGGAGUCGAGGAGGGAUAGAGAGACUUGGGAUUUGGAUUGUGUGCAUGAGAGAGAAAGAGGAGAGGAGAGGGGAGGGGAAAAGUUGGACACGGACAAUCUUGCAGCAACUUUUUUUCUUCUUUCCUUUCUCUGUGGAGGAAGCCUCAAGAAAGAAAGUCAACGGGACAAAAGACACACUGGAUUACAUUUGAAUUGCAUUUGCAUCGCCCUGCAGGAUUCCCCUGGAUACGUACAGGCGUUUAUUUCCGGAUUAAUGUGGUCGCAAAUUUGUGGAUUUAUCAAUAGUUGAAGCUGGUGGCUGGGGUGAGGUGUUUACGGAGGAGCGAAACCAUGUGGCUUCUCUGCUCCUCUCUGACUCUGUUGGCCCUCAGCUUUGGAUCAUGUGACCUGCUGACAUCAGAGCAAGAAGAACAGUGCCCGUCCUUACAAGUGGAUGAGUGGAAGUUUCCUCAGGCAUCCAGGCACAAUAUCACAGGUUUUAAUCUAGUGAGGCGAUUUUCCCUGCUCAAGAGUAAAGAUGUCAAGAAGAUCCGCAACCCACGAGGACCCGUCAUCCUCCGCCUGGGCAAGACUGCACUCCUACGCCCAACCGAUCAGGUGUUUCCUAAUGGCCUACCAGAGGAGUUCACCCUGAUCUUCACUCUGGCGUUAAAGAAGGCCGCCCUGAGAGACACCGUCUACCUCUUCCAGAUAUCUGAUCAGGAGGGAUACCCACAGCUCUCUUUAGACCUCAGCGGCCCUGAGGGCACCCUGUCCCUGCGUGCCAGAGGGGUAGACCCCACAGCUGACCUGGUGAGCUGCGUUUUCAACGGGGAGGGGGUCGAGGCCUUGAUGGACUUGAGCUGGCACAAGGUGGCCCUCAGCGUGCAACAAGGAGCCGCCUCCCUCUACAUGGAUUGCAACUCC